AUGGCCGACGAAGAAGGUGCCUCACCCCGCGAGCUGGUCGUGGAAGCCUGCCGCCGCGACCAACCACACCUACUGGAACAAGUCCUGGCUUCGAUGGAGGAGAAAUCAAAUGAGGAAGUGGCACAGUUCUUCAACAGCGUGACAGAUCCACUGGGCAACCACGCAUUGCACAUUUGUGCCAUCUACGGAAGCUACGACGUUAUGGACUCCCUCUUCGAUAUUCAGUAUUUUGAAUGCGACCCGAAGACGCGAAUGGACGAUGACACACCGCUCCACAUCGCCGUGCGAUACGCCAACGACAAGGACAGGGAACUAGGCACCGAGAUGGUGAAGAUGAUGUGCGAAGCUGGCUGCGACCCCCGGGUACGGAAUAAGUUCAAUCAGAAGCCGGUCGAGCUAGUCUUCAACAACGACGAGAUCAAGCAGGUCCUCCAAAAGGCGGAGUACAUCAUGGCUGAGGGUAUGCAAAACCAGGGCGAGGACUCGGAUCUUGGCAGCGCUAGCGACAGCGAAUAG